AUGAGCGCUUGUACAGUCCACGUGGGGUUCGGCACCUGGGACUACGUGGUCUUCGGGGGCAUGCUGCUCAUCUCCGCGGUCAUCGGCGUGUAUUACGCCUUCGCGGGCGGCGGCCAGAAUACCUCCAAGGACUUCUUGAUGGGAGGCCGCAGCAUGACCGCGGUGCCCGUGGCGCUGUCCCUGACGGCCAGCUUCAUGUCGGCCGUGACGGUGCUGGGGACCCCGUCGGAAGUCUACCGCUUCGGCGCCAGGUUCAGCGUCUUCGCCGUCACCUACGCCCUGGUGGUCAUCCUGAGCGCCGAGAUCUUCCUGCCCGUCUUCUACCGCCUGGGCAUUACCAGCACCUACGAGUAUUUAGAACUUCGAUUUAAUAGAUUUCUGCGCCUGUGUGGAACAGUGCUCUUCAUUAUACUCACAAUAUUAUACACUGGAAUUGUCAUUUACGCUCCAGCCUUAGCUUUAAAUCAAGUUACUGGAAUUGACUUGUGGGGUGCAGUGGCUGCAACGGGAAUAGUCUGUACUUUCUAUUGUACACUGGGUGGUCUGAAAGCAGUAGUUUGGACAGAUGUUUUUCAAGGUGGAAUCAUGGUAGCUGGGUUUUCAGCUGUGAUUAUACGUGCUGUGGUGGUUCAAGGUGGUAUUGGAAAUAUACUAAAUGAUUCCUACCAUGGAGGAAGAUUAAAUUUCUGGGACUUUAAUCCAGAUCCUUUGCAAAGGCAUACAUUCUGGACAAUUGUUAUAGGCGGGACUUUCACCUGGCUUGGUAUAUAUGGAGUCAGCCAGGCUCAAGUUCAGCGAUACAUUGCUUGCAAAACAAGAUUUCAAGCAAAAGUAUCUCUUUACGUAAACCUCUUGGGACUGUGGGCAAUUCUUUCAUGUGCAGUGUUGUGUGGAUUAGCAAUGUACUCCAUUUAUAAGGACUGUGACCCUUGGACAGCAAAAUGUGUGUCAGCACCAGACCAGCUCAUGCCAUAUUUGGUAUUGGAUAUUCUACACAAUUUUCCAGGCACACCAGGGCUUUUUGUGGCUGGUGCUUACAGUGGAACAUUAAGUACAGUGUCCUCUAGCAUCAAUGCUUUAGCUGCGGUGACUGUAGAAGACCUCAUAAAACCUCACUUCAGAUCACUCACUGAAAGGAAACUAUCUUGGAUUUCUAAGGGGAUGAGUCUGUUUUAUGGAGCAGUGUGCAUUGCUAUGGCUGCCUUGGCAUCACUACUAGGAGGCUUGUUACAGGCAGCUCUCAGUAUUUUUGGCAUGGUUGGUGGGCCUCUCCUAGGACUCUUUUCUUUGGGUAUCCUCUGUCCCUUUGCCAACCCUGUGGGUGCAUUUGUAGGUCUCGUAUGUGGAUUUACUGCUUCCCUUUGGGUUGGAAUUGGAGCUCAGAUUUACCCACCUCUUCCCCAAACUACCAUGCCAUUAAAUUUUUCAACUGCAGGCUGUAACAUAUCUAACCCAGGCACAGAAGGCUACUGGGCAACCAGUACAGAGCUGCCGGUAUUAACAACUCCCUUGACAAGCCAAGCUAUUGAGAGACCAAUUCUUGCAGAUCAUUGGUAUUCCUUAUCCUAUCUAUACUUUAGCACACUUGGAACUUUGGUCACAAUCACUGUGGGAAUAGUUGCCAGCCUUUUGUCAGGAGGAUUACGGCAGAAAGUGGAUCGGAAAUUCAUGCUUAACAAAGAGGAUUUUCUGUCUAACUUCUCAUUUUUCAAACCUAAGCAGGAAGAAAAAGUCAAAGUUUUAACCUGGACACCAUACAGAAUCCCAGAGGAAGGAACUGACAAUCCAGCAUUUAAUCAUAUUGAAAUGAAUUUCACAGAUAGUAAAGAAAAAGUCAAUGGUGUACAUAUAUGAAAAUCUUCUAGAUUGUGUCCUUAUGUUGGCAGGUACUUUGAGAUUUAUACUUGUGAAGGCAGGAUAAAGUUUAGCUCAUGUUCCCAGAAGAAUAGUAAUUAUUUCCUUGUAAAGUCUGGGCAAGUCAUACCAAAACAUCAGAGCUGAGAGGUUGGACAAUAUAUAACUGGAAAAAAUGCAACUAAUGAGAAAUGUAAUGUUGCUGAUUUCAGGAAGUAAAUUUUGAAAAUUAAAAUAUAAAUCUCAGUGAGUGUGCAAUGAAAACAAAGUUAUAUUUGAUCAUUUUAUUGAUUAUUGAUAUGCACA